GCUGGCAUGGGAUCUAGAGCUGGGCACUGACCACAGCGGGCAGCGAAGGGUCAGGCAAGCUUGGAGAAGAGAUGCCCGGCAAACAGUCAGAUGAGGAACAGGUGGAGGCAGGGGCUGCCGAAAAUGUAGCUGAGGAGGACCUAGGGGGCCUCACGGCAGAGGAGCUCCGGCAGGGCCAGGAGGCAGCCCUGGAGCUAGAGGACAUGAUGGCGCUAAGUGCGCAAACCCUGGUCCGGGCGGAGGUGGACGAGCUUUACCAGCAAGUGCGUUCCCUGGGCCAGGGCCGCUUUGGCCGGGUCCUGCUGGUCACCCAUCGUCAGAAAGGCACGACCCUGGCGUUGAAACAGCUCCCGAAGGCGUCCACUUCCCUCCGUGGCUUCCUGUAUGAGUUCUGCGUGGGCCUCUCACUGGGCACGCACCCAGCCAUAGUCACGGCCUACGGCAUUGGCAUUGAGUCAUCCGACUCCUACAGCUUCCUGACAGAGCCCGUCCUGUAUGGGGACCUCAUCACCUUCAUCCAGCCCAAGGUGGGCCUCCCGCAGUCGGCAGUCCAGUGCUGUGCGGCCCAGCUGGCCUCGGCCCUGGAGCACAUCCACUCCCGGGGCCUGGUGUACCGGGACAUCAAGCCCGAGAACGUGCUGGUGUGUGACCCGGCCUGCCAGCGGGUCAAGCUCACCGACUUUGGCCACACGAGGCCGCGUGGGACUCUGCUGCGCCUGACUGGGCCGCCCAUCCCUUACACGGCCCCUGAGCUCUGCUGCCCUCCGCCCCUGCCCGAGGGCCUGCCCAUCCAGCCUGCCCUGGACGCCUGGGCACUGGGGGUCCUGCUGUUCUGCCUGCUCACUGGCUACUUCCCCUGGGACCAACCCCUGGUUGGGGCCGACCCCUUCUAUGAGGACUUCCUCAUCUGGCAGGCGUCUAGCCAGCCCGAGGACCGUCCUCAGCCCUGGUUUGGCCUGACACCUGUGGCCGACAGUCUCCUGUGGGGACUGCUGGACCCUCACCCCCGGAAGAGGAGCCCCGUGAGCUCCAUCCGGGACUACCUGGGGCGUCCCUGGAGGCAGCAGCAGGAGGGGGAAGCUGAAGAGCUGGAGGAGGGGGAUGGCGAGGAGGAUGGAGAGUGAGGGGCAGCCCGAGCCCACCUUGCCUACGGAGAUACAGGAACGGAACCGCGUGCCCAUGUCCUGAGGUUGCCUCCACCUUCUUGUGCUGCCUUUUGGCUUCUCUUUUACCCGUUUCCCUCUUCCUUUCUUCCUUACCUCCCACAUGACCAUCCCUCCUAUGGCCUAGGGGGCCCCUGAGACAGCUGCAUGCCUGUCCCACCAUCGCCGUUCCUCAGGGCUUUGGCACCUGCUUUCCCCCUGCCCGAAAUCCUGUGGCUCCUUCCCUCGCCUCCCGCACACCCUGGGUGCUUCAGCUGCCCUGCUCAGUGAGGGCAGGCGAUGUCGCCGCCCCUGUGUUCCCACCGCCUCCUUCUCCUCUGCUCCCUGCCCUCCGGGAUGCUCAUCCCCUUCCAGCUGUCCACUUAGGUCCAUGUGGUUCUUCUGUGUGUCCUGCGCGGGGUCCCACCUGUCCUAUGAGGUGCCCCAUGGAGCUGGCGCAGUCCUGGCCCAACAGAAGGGCCUCAGAGAUGUCUGCUCAAUAAACGCACCUGUCUGGUUCUGUGUCA